AUGCCCCGGCUUAGCACCCCCGAGACCGUGAGGAAAAACUACAAAGAUGGCGGCUCACAAUGUGCAUCAUUACAUCAUGUCUUCCUAACCGCCGCCCCCCCCCUGGUAGGCGUGGACCAGUACAAGUACGGGAAGAACCGCGUGGAGGCGGACGCCAAGCGGCUGCAGGCCAAGGACGACGAGCUGGCCCGCAGGAAGCAGGAGAUCCGCAACCGGCUCACCCAGCUCAAGAAGGAACGCCGCGACCUCCGGAGCGCCGUGGAGGCCGCCGCCGGCAAGCGGACCCUGGCCUCGCUGACGGAGCGCCUGAAGAAGGUGGAGGACGAGUGCAAGCAGAAGGAGGAGGAGCGCGUCACCCUGGAGCUGGAGAUGACCGAGGUGCAGGAGAGCCUGAAGAAGGCCCUGAGCGGAGGGGUCACGCUGGGCCUCACCAUCGAGCCCAAGUCCGGCAGCUCCACUCCUCAGUCCCCAGUGGCGGUGCGGCGGACCCUGGAGUCAUCCCCGUUCUCAAGCUGUGACACCAGCGACACCGAGUCCCUGUGCCUGCCCGUCAACAGCGCCUCGCUGCUUCGCAGGCACCCGGCCGGCCAGAAGGUCCCCCCCGUCAGGGGCCAUGUCCUCAGGAAGGCCAAGGAAUGGGAGAUGAAGACUGGCACAUAAGAUUUCAUACUUCUGGUGUUUUACUUUAUUUUUGUGUAUAUAUUUAUUUAAAAAGACCUUCCAAGCAGUCCGAGGACACACAAGCAUAGCAGACCAAGCAGGAGAAUUAUUAAGUAUCGUAACUGAAACCAAGCGAGUUCUCCAAGCAUACCAUUAGAUAUUUUAGCGUUGAGCAUGCUUAGUUAGUGUACUUAGUCGGGUACAACUAUGUUGUUACAACUGUACCUGUUUUUCAUUCCAAAAGUGUAUUUGCUUUUUUCAUUUUUUUGAUUCCACCUAAUCCAGUUUCAGAUUCACACUUUGGGUUUAAAAGCUCUUAAAGGUCAGACGUAUUUAUUUGUAAAUGUUUGAAGAAAAUUCUAGCUUCCCAUGCUUUAUUUAUGUCAAUAUAUUUAAUGUAAUUUUCUUUUUGAUGAAUGAAAGCCCUCCACUGACUUUCUUGUAUUUUAUUAUUUUACAGUGACAGCAGUCAAAUUUCCAUUAUUCAUCCUUUAUUCUAUGCAUUUUUUAAACUACUUUUUUGUCAGUGACAUGACGACGUCUGCCGUUGGUGCUAUUCAAUUGAUAUCGUGAGAUGGGACAUUUCAACUCAAAAAGCCCCAAGUGUAUAUUUAAGCGUUUUUUUAUUAAGGAUGCAGUUAUUAGUAUUAAGGACACUAUUGGGACAUUAUCUAAGAUAAUUCAUAACAGGAACUAAUUGUCAUGCUUCUGGUGAUCAUUUAAAUGUGUUUGAUUACAACUGCACACAGCAAAUGUUAGCCGGACGCUACUAUCGUGUUUAGUUAGCCACUUUGGUAGGUCAAAGUUAGAAAAAAACAAGAAGGUGCUUUUUCAAGGGCCACCCUGAAAACUACAUUACCAAACACUGUUCAUGCCAUCUCUGUUCCUGAUUGGUUAAUAAAGUGGUGCUAGGUGAUUGGUUAAUGAUGCUGCCAAUUCUUCAAAGGAAAACAAACCGUUAGAGCUUCUCCCCGCCCACUAUCAACAUUUAAAAAACGCUUUCUCCUGAACCUUUAACAGUAAUGGGCGGUGCUUAUCGCUCUUCAGGCCCCCUCUCUCUUGCCCAAGCCCCUCCCACUAACUGAGGUCCAUCCGAUUCAGGGGGGUCAGAAUGUUUGAUUGACGUUAUCCCCAAGCUACCAAUGACAGGAAAUGCCCUCAAUUGCAUUGCAAUAUAGAGGAAAAUUUCAGACAAUAUUUACAUUGUAUCCUACGUUUUCAAAAAUGUUCUGCGUAUAUGUCGAGAUUCUGACUAGGGUCAAUCCAUAACACCCACUACAUCACUUUUAAUCUAAAAUAUGUUGUGUUAGGGUUUAGUUGUCCUAUCAACAUCCCUUAAUUUUGGCAGUGUGGGGUCUGAUUGGGUACUCGGGACCACACCCAUAUUUCUAUAAAUACCCGUUAGGGAGAUGGGGUUUGUUGUUUCUCUUCUGUAUAUAUUUUCUAUCAUGUACUCUCCACCUGGUGCAUUUUUUAAAGUCUGCAAACUUUAACGCAGCCUGCAUGUCGGCAUGAAAAUGAGGAUCUUUUUAAAAAAAAUUCUUCCCUUGGCUUCACAUUGCUUGUCUGAGAACAGUUAUUGUGAAUACAUUGUAAAUACCUUUGCUGGAUAAGAAGGGGAUGUGGCUAUUAGGAUUGGGGCGGGGUUUGAGGGUUUGAGUUAACACAACUGAUGGUUUUUGCACCUUAAGAUCUUUUGUACUCCGCUGUUUGACUUUUGACAGUUGCCGCCUCGGUGACAAAUAAACGUGUACAUACAUAAACAUAUUGUAAUAAACAUAUUGACAAACA